UGAAGUGAUGAUAUGUAAUAAAUAAUUGCAUGUUUUGUUUUUUUUUUUUUAUAUCCCAAGAUAUUGUAACUUGGGAGAGUGCUUUAAUCCAAGUUGUACUCUUUGGUAAAGGAGGGGAUAAAGUGAAGUCGUCUGAACAAUGAAUAUUCAGGAAAGACGUUAUAUGGUCGCAAGAAGUACAGGUAGAGGUUGCUGGGUUUCUGGCCAUUAGGAUGGAGUGCUGCUCUGUGUGUGGAGAAACUGCGAUUAUUGAGGAUGUUGGCACAGACGGAAUUACACAACAGGUGUGUGCUGAGUGUGGCGUGGUCUUCAACUCCACACUGGACCACUUUGUUCUGGAGCCGGUACCCCAUGCUAACCAACCCAACUGGUUGUUUGAAAACCAAAGCCUGCCAAGAAACAUGCGAAGGAUGCUACAUGAAAGGCAAGACUUAGAGGCCCAUAAAACUGGUUUACAAAGAAUUAGUGAGCUUGGCAGUAUUCUAAGCUUGUCAGAAGUCAUGGUUCAAGAAUGCAAGGAGAUGUUCUCUAAAGCUUACAAAGAACAGUUUUUGAAUCGACUGGCAAAGUUUAAACUUGUUCUGUCUGCAUGUUGUGUUUACUGUGUGUGUCGACUUCACAAUGUGUCUAUCACCAUCCACCAAAUAUGUGACUUGGCUCAGUGUGGGCCACAGGAAUUUGGUCAAGUUUAUAAAGAACUGCGUAAAACCACAGGUUUGGUGUUGCCUGCUUUCAGUGUUGGAUCCGCUGUUGCUGCAGUCAUUAAUAAACUCGACUUGAACAAUUCUGAAGUGAUAGCAAAAAAAACGGAGGAGGUUUUACAGCUGUUUGAGAAGAACUGGUUGGUGACGGGCCGACAUCCUGUACACAUUAUAAGCCCAGCUUUGUUCAUUGUCUGGAAGAGUCUGGAUUUUCCAUCACGUAGAAAAUCUUCUUUCAUUGAAUUCUGCAAAAAUAAAAAAUUACCCUUUGGCAGUGCUGCAAAGCUUAGAUCAUCAGAAAUGCAUGAUUUGCUAGUACGGCUGUCUAAAAAAAUACCAUGGGUGUCUGCAGACAAAGUUAGAUCCCAAAAUGUCGCCUUUUUUUUGGAUGACAUUCUGAAAUACCAAAGAUCCCUAAUGAUGGCAAAGUUAUGCAAUAACGGUGAUAAAACUUUUGAUGAAGAAGAUAGUUCUGAAAGUGAAGAUGAUAAGGAAUCUGUGCUACCCCCAAUUCUGAAGAAAAGAAGAAUGCAGAAUUCCAGUGAAGUAGCAGAGGACACUGAAGGAGAAUCUGUGGUUAAGAUCUGCCAUGAUUUAGAUGCUGAGGAGUUAACAGAGGCAGAUUUAGAGGACUCUAAGCUGGAUGAAUACAUACGGAAUCCUUCUGAGGUGAAGGAGAUUGCUCAGAUUAUGCAAUUCUCACACAGCAAAUGUAAAAUCAAUGAUCUCUGAUAUAGCAGACAGAAAUAGUAGUGUUGCAUUUCUAUAAAUUUUCGGGGAAUCUUUUCGAGUACAUAUUUCUAAAAAGGAUUUUUGCGUCUUCUUCUGUUUAUAUUAUUCCUGAUAACUUAAUGUUGGCCUGUUCCAGCUACAAGUGGAUGAAUUGGCCUCCAUGGCCCAGUGGUUAACAUGCUAGUGCUCCACAAUGAAUCCCCUCGCCAGUGCUAUCACUGGGAGUUCAAGUUCAGCUAAUGCUGGAUCCAGUGUGAUCUUAUGUGGGAAGGUCUGUCAUAGACGUGCCAAUGGUCAUGUUUUCCCCUGGAUUUCCUCCUAGCAUAAUGCCAACCACUGUCAUAUUAGCGGAAUAUUGUUGAAUAUGGUGUAAAACUCCAAUCAAAACAAAAUAGAAACAAAAGUAGGGAGAACAUUUAGACAUACUGUAAUUUUUCAAUGUUGUAAUGUGUUUGCAUGGUGUUUAUUCCAGUAUAUUCUGAAGGCAUCAUUCUGUGUUGACUGAUAAAAUUAUAAUUUUUGUAAAGCCCUGAACUUGCUCUUUCCCAACGUAGUUCUAAAUGAAUAUUGAUGAAAGUUAAUGGGGAAUCAUAUAGCAAAGUUGCCAUACUGUUUUUUUUUUGUUUUUUGUAUGUUAAAGAAAUAACAAACGAGAAGUGCAUGAUUGAUAUGUGCUAGAGUGUGAACACUGCGUAAUAAUGACCUGCUACAGGAUUUCAAACUUGAAGUCAAAAUGUACAAGUCAGACUCCUCACUUGUGUUGAUUACUUGAUUCCAGUCCAGAGGCGGGCUUACUUGAGCUGAGACCUGGGAUCAAACACACGUAGGUUCGUACCAAAGAUGUUAAAAAUCGCUUGGCGUUCAGCGCUGGGAGGCUAGAACAAGGAAAUAUGACUGGUUGGCCCGGUGUCAAUAUAAUGUGACUGGGAUGGUAUCCUGUCUAGUAUCUUCAGCGUGAUACUUCAGUAGCAGCACUUUUGCGACUCGGUCUGUCACAGGAAGAUACAGUAUAUGUAUACACUCCUCCUCGUCACAUGACUGAAAAAUUGAUGUACAGCAUUAAACCCCAAACAUGCAUGCAUACAUAAGACAAGAAGACAUAUAUUCAAUGUUUGCAUCUUUAGUAUUAAUUAGGAUAUCAAAAUAUGGUGAAGAUAUGAAAAGAAACUAGUUUUAAUAUAAAUGUACACAUGACAUUUAAUCCAGCCGCAGAAGAGAACUUAAAGGGAUACAGAAUUGCUUCUGAUUGGUUGGUGUGCUGGUAGGCUGAAUUUUAGAUAUGGUACAUUUAUUCAAGCUUGACUGAGGUUGCAGGGUUUAACUCAGGGAACCCUGUCUCCACUGUAAUUCACUCAGCAUUGAUUCUGUGUCCCGUUAAGAUAGAUAUAGUAGUCUCAACAAUACUAUUAGAAACAAGAGGGAAUUUGAAGUUGGUUCCGCUGGGAGUGACGAAAUAGUCAUGCAAUAGUUUUAUUAACAUGAGGCAUUCUUGGCUCCAGUUUAGAUGCAACCGUACUAAAAUAGUCGUUUAACUUAUUUGCAAUUACACUUUUAUCUUCAGUAGUGACACCAUUGGUGCUGAAAGUAAAAUGCCUGUUCAUGAGUUCAUUUAAGCACUUUUCACGUUUCUGAUGCAUGUCUGCAUUGUGUGUGUUGAGAGCAUACAUGUCGUAACUCAUGGUUUGAUAAUACGAGUUUUGGUAUAAGGCAAGCUAAUCACUGGGAAGCACUCGUUGUGAAUGUUAAUAAACUUAUCACACAGCGACAUUGAUAUCGGAAGUCUAGUUUAGGAUCGUGUCCCGGUUAGUUUCUAGCAUUUGUUCUUUGAUAAAUUUUUGUUCAGUUUUAGUAAAUGUUCUGAUAUGUACAGUGUGUAUUGAUGACUUGAGUUGGCAUUAGGUUUUAAAAAUAUGGAAUAUUGGUUAGUGGUCAGUGAUAUCAGUUAACAAUAUUCCAGAAAGGA